GUCCUGUUCCCUCUACCAUUUGACCUCGACGUGAACAUGUCAAAUGCGGAAGCCCUGUCUUUGGCUAAAGAGAUACGAGAUUCUUUGACCUCACUGUCUUCAAGAGAUCCGAUAUCUGAAUGUGGUCGUGCACCCCUUAGCAUCAUUGAGCAGCGGCCUGGAGACGUUCUGAGCCUGGCUCAUCAGAGAAUACACACCUGGCGAUAUGACCAAGUCCCGCUUUGCUGGCGACGGCUGUACGAAGAUGCAAGUCUGUGGCAGGCAGUCGAUAUAUUGAAUCAACACGGCACGCGUGGCCAAAAGCGCACGCGUCAUGGUUCACCAUCUGCUGGGCAUGACUGGUUGUUGAAACUCGUCUGUGUACUCGACAUGGCUAUGAUUCUGACUGGUGCUCCUCUACGCCGCGAACUAAUACUAAGUAUCUUUGAUUCGUUACAACAUUGCCUUGAUCCGAACGAGCACAAAGACAUUUCCAGAUCCUUCCCUGUCACACCAUCGACCCAACCACAGAACGACACCAUUGCUCGUGCAGAGAAGCUUGACUUUCUGCAAUUUCAGAGACACCUUGUCACGAAAACUACUCCUGUCAUAAUCAAGGGGGUAAUCGAUGAUUGGCCUGCAAUAGCCGAUCAAGACCGACGAUGGAGUGAUCCGUCGUACCUGCUCAAGGCUACUCUGGGUGGUCGCAGACUGGUGCCAGUGGAAUUGGGUAGGACCUACACAGACGAUGGUUGGUCUCAGCGGAUCAUGACCUUUUCUGAAUACAUGAAAAGUCAUCUUCUGAAACCCAAGCAAGAAAAGACUGGUUACCUGGCUCAGCACGACCUAUUUGCACAAAUACCAAAUUUGAGCGACGACACUAGUAUUCCAGACUAUUGUUACACAGAACCUCCUGUAUCUGAGUUGUUGACCUCUAAUAUCGCUGAGAUACUGGACGAGCCUCUGCGUAAUGCUUGGUUGGGUCCUGCAGGUACCAUUAGUCCGUUGCACACGGACCCUUACCACAACAUCCUGUGUCAAGUUGUGGGACACAAAUACGUUCGUCUCUAUGCUCCAUCAGAAACAACUUAUCUGUAUCCAAGGGGCAUUGAUGACACCGGUGUAAAUAUGGAUAACACAUCGCACAUCGAUAUCUCGCUUGUGAAAAGGCUGUACACAUCUGAUCCAGAAAGUAAAGUAGAUGAUGAGGCCAAGCAGCAAUUCCAAGCACAAUAUCCAUCAUUCAACAAGGCGCAAUGCGUGGAGGGUGUUCUAGGCCCAGGCGAGUGCUUGUACAUCCCUAUAGGAUGGUGGCAUUACAUAGAAAGUCUUAGCACAAGUUUCAGCAUGAGUUUUUGGUGGAACUGAAAAGAGCGUUCAAUAUUCUCUUCUAAUCAUACAAACUGCUUUCUCCAGAAAUCAACGAAAUGU